AUGUACCUGUUCUCACCAACAGGUUUUACUGAUAUAGUACGAGGGCCUAAUGUGAUAUAUGAAGCCCCAUCCACUAUUGCAGCUUUCAAGGAAAGAAUAGAAUUAGUUAAGGAAGAAGAAAUUAAAUUACGAGAAAAAAUCAAGAAACUAUCAUUCAAAUCCAAUCAACUAUCAUUAUUAAUAGAUAAAACGCUCCAAGAAAGAGAAGAAAACCCAAUUGUUUUAGGUCCUUUAAAACCCGUUAUUCCUCCAUUGGCAAAUAUUGAAAAUGCAGCAGAUAAAAUACUUCAAAAACUAUUGUUACAGUCAGAUACAACGCAAAUAUUAAACUAUCUCAACGAAAAUCCAAUUUUUGAACAAUUAAUAUUUUCUCAAAAGUCAAUUUUUGAUGAUAAACUACAACUUGCGCUUACUCAUGCUACACCAGAAGUUCAGAUACUGUUUUUAAACAAAAUGACAGAGAGAUUUACUAAAAUACAAAACUAUUUCACAGAUACACUUAAAUUCAUUACAGAUCUUGCACAUGAAAAAGAACUAAUAGAUAUGUUAACUACUCCUAAUACAUCUGAAACAGAAUUUAUGAAAUUUUAUUUUUCACAAUUAAAUAAAAUUUCUGAACGUCUUAAUUUCGAUUCCUUUAAAGUAGUUUACACGUGUUCUGAAGGAGAGACUCUAUUUUAUCCAGAUCUCAAUCAAUCAAGGUUUAUUGACAUUGAUGAUUCAUUAUCUGGCCAAUUAAUUCAUAAUGAUUGUUACGAUUUUAUCAAUGAUCCAACAGCAUCAAGAAGCUUUGAAAUAACAUGUGAAGCACCUAUAUUUAAUACAACAUCAGCUCAUUGUCUUCCUUUGCAUUUGAAUCAGAUGCAUGUUGCUUUGUGUUUGUUGUUUUCGAAUAGAAGAGUUAAUUCCAUUGAAAAAGAGUUUAUUUUAGCAACAAUGAAUUUAAUGAAGCCAUUGAUAUCUUUAUGGAGAUUUGCAUUCUUACAUGCUUCUCCUUUCUCAUAUACGAAAUUAGCCAAAUCAAUUUCGAAUUUGCGAGAACAUGAAAAUUCAGAAAAUGAAUUGUUUUCAAAUGUCUCAAAAGAAGCUUGCUAUUUAUGUAAUGCGAAAGUUUGUAGAGUUCUAGCUGUUGAAGGUGCUGAAGUUGAUUUCCCAUCGCUUCCGAUUUUACCUGCUGAACCUUCUCUCAUUAGAGAAAGUUAUGAAAACAACAUUGUUAAUGCAAUAAGAAAUCCGAGAUCUCAAUCUUUUUUCAACAAAAAAUGUGAUGAUGAAAUAACUUUACCAAAAAUCACAUCACUUUUAGUUGUUCCUGUCAAAACAUUGCCUGUUAUUUUAGCUAUUUAUAAUCCAUUGUUUUCUAAUGAGUUUUCUAAUAUAACUGUUGGAAUGUCAAGAUUGUUUGCUGAAUCUUUAUCUCCUUUAUUGUUGCAGUACAAACUUAGAAGGCAACUGAAUGUUGCAAAGAAAGAGCAACAAAGAGAAUUAGGAUCUUUUCCAUUUUCUUCUGAUUUUUUGUUGAAAUUUACAAAAGAAAUUGGAAAAAGCGAUUUCAUUGAAAAUGUUUCGAAAUUUUUGAAGAUGGAAAUCAAUAUUUUCUUGAAACUAGAUGAUGAUUACUACGAAAACAUCAUAACGAAAGAAAAAACUGAGAAAGAAAACUUGACAUUGGAAAAUGAAGAAGAAGAUUCCGAAAAUUUGAAGAUUUUUCAUGUUGUUUCACAUGAUAAAAUGAUUUAUUUGAAAGCAACUUAUGCACCUCAAGAGGAUGAAGAAAGAUUUGAUAACCAUAUUAAUUGUUUAGAGACAUUUGUUCUUAUGUUAUCUGUUUAUUUGCAGAACAAAGAAAAUGAAAAAGUCAUCAAAAUAAUUGAUUCUCUUUCAAAUCCAAGUGAUGAGAAAAUGUCUGAACUUUUGGAAUGUAAAAUCACAUCUGAUAAAAAGAGUAUGAGAUCAGCAAGUGUUACAGCAAGUGUCUGUGAUGAUGGAACUCCUAUUUAUGUUGCAAGUGAUAAAAAACUUAAUGAUAAAGAGUUCGAAUUACUUGAAUCUUAUGCUGAAUGGCAAGCUUUUGCUAAAUCUCAUGAAAAAGAGAAAGAAAGGAAUGAUGUUUUAGUCGCUGCUUUUAUAAGAAAUAAAGCAACAGAUGUAUUCGAUUGUGAUGUCCAUAUGUUGUCUGAUUUCUUGACUACAGUAACUUUUUCGCAUUCUGAAGGAAGUUUUGCUCCAACGAGAAUAUAUGAAACUGUAAAUUCUUUGUUGAUCAAUCCAACUUGGAAAGAAAUGUUUAAUGACACAGAAAAGGUUAUUAUUGGUUUGUUGGCUGUUACUUAUGGUUGUAUGGAACAAUGGACAAAAGUUGAUUCAAAAAGUUAUCAAAAAGAAAUUCAAAAAUUGCCUAUUUACUGUCACAAGUUUGCUUGUAGAGUUAUUGACCAAUUAUGUACUAAUUUAGAAGAAAAUGAUGUUCUUCAAAUAUUGGAAACUAUCAAAGAUUAUUCUCUUAAUAAAACAGCAAGUGAGGAGUGUUUGAUUAUUGCUAAACUGAAACUAUAUUCCUUAGAUAAUUACAAACCAAGUAUUGUUGGAAAAAUCGCUGUUGGAAAAGCAAUUAUUUAUGUUUCACAAUCAAUUUUAGCAAGUUUAGAUCCACAAGCUUCAGUUGAAGAAAUGAACACAAAAUAUAAUGAAGAAUCAUUGAAACAAAUCUUGUUUGCUGCUGAAAAAGUUUUAAUUCCAAUGCUCACAUAUUUAUCUUCUAAAAAUACUGCAAUAUUAAAGAUGCUCUCUAAUGUUAGAGAAUCCAUGAAAUUGCUUAGAUCAAAAUGA